AUGUCUUCCAAUGAGAAAGCAGUGACCCCCCUCGGGGAUUCUGCCUCCCUUUCUGCCACGGGAUCAUCGGAAAAGGGGACCCACAAUGGCCAAAUUGCGGUAAACACGGCACCAGCAACGUCGUCUGUUGGAAAUACUAGUAUAAACAUCAAUGCAAACGCCACUACACAUAGUAACAAUACAAAUACCCCUGCUAGCACCACCUCAAGUAUAAAGAAGAAGUCCUCCAGUAAACCGCAUCAGACAGAAAACCACGAGGCGUUGUCCGAUGCAGUUGCUGCUUCUGGUGUGAAUAUUCGUGCCGAAGAGGAAGCAAUGAUUGGCGGAUUGUCUAUUUCCAAACGGCAAAUUGAACAGAAUUCGUUCUUGAAAUUAGGCCAGUUGGAAUGGUUUAUGCAAAAGACAUUGGAAGAACAAGGCUCAAAAAGUAUCAUAGUAGACAAUGAAGUAGGGAAUUUGAUUUCUGCAUCAUGUGAAUUUUAUAUGAGGGAAAUAGUAACUGAUUUGAUAGUAAUGAUGAGGCACAGAAGACAUGCAUCCGAUGCCGCAGCAAAUAAAGCAAAAGGUAACAAAUCUUCCAAGGGGUCCAAGCAUAGUUCUUCGUUACACUCUGGAAUAAAUAGUAAAUCUGAGAUAUCCAAAGCUUUGAGAGAUUUAGCUGCAAAACAUAAGGAACGAGAAGAGAAGAGAAUAAGAAGGAGAGUCCUCCUAGGCUUGGAUGAGGAAAAAGUCGAAGAGAAUUUAGUCCAAGAUCAUAAACAAACCAAUCUUACAGCUUCAUUGAUGAUGAAUGGCUCAAAAAAGAGUAAGUACUCAUGGAUGCAGUCAUCAUCGACCACUUCAAAUUCAUCCUUCAACUCUCAUGGUGAUAAUGGUAUUAGAUAUAGAGAAGCACGUGAGGAACAGUCCGUAGUACUCAGAGAUUUAAUAGCGGCCCUUGAAAACAGAAGAAUUGGUGCUUCAAAUGCACUUUUAAAAGCUUAUGCACGAUUGAAGGACUGA